AUGCCAUUAGGAGAUGGGGCUAAGUGUCCUGACUUAGAAGAAAUUCGUGAAAUCACCGUUGAUGCAAGGAAUCUACCAAGAUGCCCAGUAGAUCAUUAUGGACAGAUUCAAAGGCCACUCCCAACUUGGGAUAACUAUGAUGGAAGAUAUCAAUGGACUGUAUCGGAUUAUGGGCCCUGUAAACCUUCUUCUAUGAUAACAGGAUGUGGACCUGGCCUGCAACAGCGUACAGUAGUUUGUAUUGAAAAGUCAUUCAAAAACAAGCUAGUCCCUGUUGCCGAAAGCAUUUGCAAUGAUGUCAAGCCCAACAUGACCAAAGUGUGCCACAUAGAGUGUCAACAAAGUUGUCUGGCAUCAGAGUGGAGUUCCUGGAGCAAAUGUAAACCAAUUUCUUGCAUUGAAGAUAAGAUUCAUCGCAAAAAACGACAUCAAUACACAGGUUAUCGAUCCAGAACACUUCAAAGUAUCUCAACACCAAAUGGAAAAGGUCGAAACUCCUCCCUGAUAAUUAUCAAAUCCUUUCUCAAAGUCUAUCGCUUAUCUUGCUUUGUAACGAUGCUUAGGAUAAACAUAGAGAUGGACUAUAAUAACAAAUAG